AAACAUUCUUCAUCUGUUUCUCUACUGCAUUCAACCGGUCGCAAGCGCAGCGACACGGUCGGGCAUGGUCGCGACUGGGCCCCGCAGGAACGUUCUCGAGCGCGUGUCAAUUACUGAUCAGAGGGCUAUUGACAUCGACCUGCAAAUCCAAACGCAACGCGCUAUUAUUCAUUGGCAGCGCAAGACCUGUUGCCUUGGACGUGUGUCAGUCGGGCAUUGGACUACGGUACUCCCAUCGAACCCUAGACGGACUCGCACUGGACCCGCACGGGCCCCUUGCAUCACGUCCUUCACAUGAGGUCCUGCGCACAGCGCUCAGCCGUGCGUCAGAGGCUGCAGCAGCAUUACAGCCGCCCUGUCCCGCACCGAAGCGGCAACGACGCUUGCACAACUCCAGUUGCGCAGCCCCUUACCACCGGCGCCCGCUUUGCCUGGCGCCAGCAGGAUAUGACGCUGGCAGCAGCAUCACCAGCAGCCGCAGCUUCGGGAACCCCUUCAACCAGCGCGACAGAAAUGUCUGCCGCCGGCUCACACGGGGCGGGUCCGGGCACCGCGCAGCACGUGCGAGUUCGUUUCGAGCCCACCGCUGUGUCGGCCGGCGCUCGGGCGGGGCUGGUGCCGCGCUCGGGCGCCUGCGCAGCGCCGCUGCCGGCCUGGCACCCGGCGCAGGUGAUCAUUUUGGGAGGAUACACGGAGGAGCAGCAGGGGCAGCCGCCGCAGCAGCCGCACCCGCAGCAGGAGGCAAGCACGGUGCCGGCGGCGGGUGCCGCGCCGGCACCUGGCUCGGCAGGGGCGGCGCCGCCCCGGCGUGCGCCCACCAUUGAGGCUUGGACCUACAGCGGCGAGGGCGGCGGCCGCUGGAGCGCUGUGGAGUACGCACCCGGACCCGUGCCGCAGCCCCGCCUGACGGCCCAGGCGGCUGUGUUGGGCGGCGGGCUGUGGCUGGUGGGCGGCUGGGACCCCUCCGCCCCGCCCGACGGCGCUAACCCCACCGCCGCCUUCCUCAACGACGUGUGGCGGCUGGACCUGAGGACCUGGGCCUGGCAGCAGGUGGAGGUGGUGCCUGAACCCGGAGGCGAGCCCCUGCCGCGCAUCAGCCGCUUUGCCAUGGCGCCCCUGCCGCCCGCGGCCGGCAGUAGCAGCGGUUGCAGCAGCGGCAGCAGCAGCGGCAGUAGCAGCUGCGGCUCGCUGCUGAUCCAUACGCACCGCUGCGGCGAGAGCGUGAUGGUCCUGCACUGCUUUGAUGGGGCCGCUGGCGGGGAGGGCUCGGCGGCGCAGCCGGCGCGCGCGGUGUUGCGGCGGGUGCCGGUGCGCGGCGCGGCGGCAGACCCGCCCAGUCCGCCCUCACGCGGCCUGCAUUCCCUGACGCUCGCCGCCGCCGCGCCGGGGUCCGGGACCGGAUCCGCAUCCGCGGCGCUCUAUGUGUACGGCGGCGCGCCGCAGUCCGGAUCCAUGUACAACGACCUGUGGCGGCUGGAUCUGGAAACCGGCGGUUGGAGCUGGGUGCAGCUGGAUCCGGCCGGUGCCGCGCCGCAUGCGCGCUGCUCCCACGUGGCGGGGGCCGCCGGCAGCAGCAGUGGCACCGGCAGUAGCAGCGGCAGUAGCAGCGGCAGCGGCAGGUACCUGGUGGUGGCGGGCGGGAGCUACUACAGCCAGCCGGGGCGGCUGCAGCCACUGGAUGACGUGGCGGUGUACGACACGCAGUCAAACGCCUGGCUAGAGGUGGAGGUGGAGGGUCCGGCGCCCAGCCCACGUAACGCCUCCAUCAUGGUGCCGCUACAGCCGCAGCCGCUGGCGGCGGUUGGCGACAGCUCCGCUGCCAACCGCUUCCUGCUGCACGGCGGUUGGCGGCCGUUCGUGGAGACGUACAAUGAUUCGUACAUCGUCACCGUGAGCGAGGUGUGAGCGAGGGGGAUGGGGCCCGCAUGGGAAACGUUGGGCUAUGGCUCGGGCGCAUGAGCAUGGAGAUACCGUAGCGAGACUGCAUCAUCAUCGGGGUGCGUGUGGAGUGCAUGUAGAGCAUGGAAACGGAGGUUCCAGAGAGCAUCCGCAUACGCUGAGGCCCAACCAAGCACGGGCGGUUGACUGCGACGGGGGUGUUGAAUGCAGUUGACUGCUUUGCAGCGUGAAAACGUUGUUGAUCUGCGAAACCAACUGAGCAUUUUCCCAGAUAGAGUUGGGAUGUGCGUGCAUUGGUCCGUAUGUCGCGCGGUGGAGCACGCUGCAGCUUGCUGUUCAGAGCUCGUGGCGGGGGCGGGGGGGGGGGGAGGGUGCCUUUUUGCGGGGUUGGCUUUUGGGGUGCCGGGACAGUUGGGAGGUUGGUUGGGUGACUGCCUGUCAACCCAGCGGCGCUGAUCCCUGAUGUGUGACGUGUAGGAGCUUGUAGACAUCGGACUGGUGGGCUGGAUAUCGGGCUGGCUGGCUGGCUGGCUGGAAAAGUCGAAGAACGACAGGUCGAGAAGAAACAGCAGCGCCUAAGGCUGUCACAUACACGGGCGCUCCUAUCUGGUCAGCGCACUGGAUUGCAGCGGUGCUUCCUACUUUAUAAAACGAUUCCGA